CCGGCAACUACAGUUAUAAAACCAAAAUAAAUCAAAAAGAACGUCGCAGUGGAAGAAAUAUUUUGGGUUUAGGCAAAUUAAAUUACAAUUUUCUCGUGGAAUCCGGAAUAAAAAUGGUUUACAUAAUUGUGGAAAAACAACCCAAAUGUUUAUAGUUCUAGAUUUGAUAGAAUAACUCGAGCGAUCGCAUUAUAAAUUUGAGAAUAAAUUGCAUUGAUUAGUAACCUUUCGGACAAAAGGAAAGAAUAAUAUAAAUCAAAAGGCUGAUAUAGUGACUACAUUUGCGUGUAAUAAUUUUUAAAUUCGGUCCACGCACUUAGACAUUAUAAGCAAAUAUAUCGUGGUAGAAAAGGAAAGCUCAGCCCACAGUUAAAUAAACAAAACUCAUUGAUAUACCAGACAACAGCUGCUUAACAUUACACUCUGAAUUUCAAAACAAAAACUCAACAAAGAAACUAAUAGAAGGAAGAAAUCAAUUGAAGAAACAAGAUAAUGUUUGGGUCGCGCUGGUCGCGUUACCAAUACGACUUGGACGACUUACGCCACACCAACGCUACGGAGUUAAUUCUAGAUCGUCAAUAUGGAAAUAUUGAUCGCUAUGUGCAGCGGCGACUACACGUAUCAUCUGCGUACAUUGAUCGCCUCGAACAGGAAACUAUACUACGGGGGCACCAAGGUUGCGUUAAUUGCAUUGAAUGGAGCAGCAAUGGGCGAAUAUUAGCAUCUGGUUCUGAUGAUUUUUGCGUAAUGCUUUGGGAUCCUUUUCGCAAGCGUUGCAUACGUAGUAUACCAACUAAACACUGUGGAAACAUAUUUUCUGUUAAGUUUUUACCACGACACAAUGAUGCACUGAUAGCGACGGGAGCUGGAGACAGAUUCAUUUAUGUUUUCGAUGUUAAUCGUCAUAAUGAAGCAAUACUGAGCUGUAGUUGUCAUGCCGCACGUGUGAAAAGAUUAGCAACGGCGCCAGACUCGCCUUUCGUGUUUUGGUCAGCAGGUGAGGACGGUGCCAUCUUGCAGUUAGACACCCGUGAACAGCAUCGUUGCGGCGCUGAAGAAAAUCGGGUACGCUUGAUAAACCUUACAACUUAUGUAGAUACCAAUACGGAGGCCAAAUGCCUGGCCGUAAAUCCACGUCGUACAGAAUUGUUGGCAGUUGGUGCGAAUGAUCCAUAUGCUCGCAUCUAUGAUCGGCGCAUGCUCCAUCCAGUUUCGUCGCAUAUAAGUGGAGGCAGUGGAUUACUGGUCAAUGGAGGAGAUUCGAUUGAGGGCACAGUACCUAAGGAUUGUGUCACAUAUUAUUGCCCCGGCCACAUCAGUAAAGAUAAUUCUAAACUAAUUGAGCAUGACUCUCGUGCCAUCACGUACCUAACCUUCAAUUCGACCGGCACCGAGUUGUUAGUAAACAUGGGUGGUGAGCAUAUAUAUCUAUAUGACUUGCUGAAUGCAGAGCAGCCGGUGUUCCUCAGUUUGCCUGAAUACAAACCGCCGCCGACUACUUCUGAGACAGACAUAGAAAUGGCUGGCAUGCAUCCAAAUUACAACCCAAGUCCUAGUAGUAGUAUUGAAAAUCAAGGUGCCGAGGAAAAUGUGGGUGUCUUACAAAGUGCGAUUAGUCCUGGCGAUGCCCCGCAGUCUAGUAAUCGACGCAAGUUACCAGAAUAUAUUGAACGUUAUAAGAAAAUGGGGAAUGACUUUCUUGAAAACGAAAAAUAUUUGCGCGCUGUAGAAAAAUACUCGGAAGCAAUCGAAAUGGCUCCGAACUGUUCGGUGCUCUAUCUGAAUCGUGCUACUGCAUACAUGCGUCGCCUUUGGUUUGGUGAUGUAUAUGCUGCAUUGCGUGAUUGUCAUCAGGCAUUGCGUCUUGAUCCAGCCUAUAUUAAGGCACACUUUCGCUUGGCACGUGCGCUUCUCGUGCUCGGCAGACCGCAGGAGGCGGACGAGUGCCUUAAAGAGCUGAUCGCUCGCUUCCCCAGCUAUGCGAAUAAUCAUGGCAUCAUGAUGCUUCACAAAGACAUCAAAGAAAAUCGUCAAAUGACACAAUCUCAGCAACUGCAACAACAGCAGCAGCAACAGCAUGGCAGUGAACAACAACACUAUAACUGUUUAGAACGUUCCGACGCUGAAUAUCAAUGGCGGAGCAAAGCAAAAGACUAUAGCAAACGGUUUGUGGGUCAUUGCAAUACGACAACGGACAUCAAAGAAUCAAACUAUUUCGGCAACGACGGAGAAUAUAUAGUAGCUGGUUCAGAUAAUGAAAGCUUUUUUAUUUGGGAGCGUAGCACUGAAAAGAUACGCGCAAUCUACAAGGCAGAUCGUUCGAUUGUUAAUUGCGUACAGCCGCAUCCAGAGAUUUGUUUGCUCGCGACCAGCGGCAUCGAUCAUGACAUUAAAAUAUGGUCACCAAUCGCUCCAUCACCGGACGAACGGCCUAAUUUAGUAGAAUACGUAGACAAGACUGUUGAAGACAAUCAGCAAAAAAUGAAAAUGGAUCCAUUCAACAUGAACGCGGGCAUGAAUGCAUUUUGCCUUAAUGGAUAAUAUGUGAUAGUAAUUGAUAUUGUAAUGAUGAUUGGAGACUCAACAGAGACAGCUCAGCCACAAUUAGAACUAAAAUAAAAAGCAACACAAAAUUAUAAAAUAAUAUGCAUUGGCAGCAGACAGGGACCAGAUUUAAUUGUACGCAUUACACUAUUGCAAUGUCCAAUUUAAAGAUGCUGUACUACUUCAAAGACUUGGAUUUUCAUAAAAUUUUAUUUAUCAAUUGAAAAAAAAUAUUUGAUGAACUUUUUGUAAAGGAUUUUAUUUUAUUUUUCUAGAUUCAUGAAGUUUUUACUUAAACUGAAGAAUAUCUAGUUCUUAAAUGUUUAUUAUAAUUAAAAUAAUGUAUUACAUGUUUUCGGUUGACAGCUGUUUAAUGAAUUUGCUCCUACUGUCGACGCCUUAGUCGUCUACAGAAGAUACAAUGUU